AUGUUCAGAGCCGUGCAGCUAGUUAUCAGGGAGAAGUACUAUGGCAGUGUAGCUCAUGUGGCGAUCUCGUCAGGUCGCGUCCAUGGCUUCUCCACGGCUGCGAACACUCAGGGUCAGAGGCUCGCUGGUAAAGUAGCGGUCAUCACGGGCGCCGCGAGUGGCAUCGGCAAGGCGACGGCCGCGGAGUUCAUCCGUAACGGUGCCAAGGUCAUCAUAGCCGAUGUGCAGGACGACCUGGGCCGCUCUGUGGCCGUGGAGCUCGGGCCGGACGCCGCCUACACCCGUUGCGACGUCUCCGACGAGGCGCAGAUCGCCGCAGCCGUCGACCUCGCCGUGGAGCGGCACGGCCACCUCGACAUCCUCUACAGCAACGCGGGCAUCUCCGGAUCCCCGUUGCAGGCUUCCGUGGGCGCGCUGGACCUCGACGACUUCGACCGCGUGAUGGCGGUCAACGCGCGGUCGGCGGUCGCGUGCAUCAAGCACGGCGCGCGCGUCAUGGCGCCGGGGCGCCGCGGCGGCAGCAUCCUCUGCACGGCCAGCGUCAUCGGCGUGCUCAGCUACGGCUCCCCGAUCCUCGCGUACGCGAUCUCCAAGGCCACCGUCGUCGCCGCGGUGCGAGCGGCCGCGGGACCGCUGGCGCGCGACCGGGUGCGGGUGAACGCCAUCUCGCCGCACGCCAUCGCGACGCCGCUGACGGUGCGGUCCAUGGCGGAGAUGUUCCCUGACGCGGGUGAGGACGCGCUGGUGCGGGUGGUGGAGAGGGACUGGAGCGAGCUGGACGGCACCGUGCUGGCGGUGGAGGACGUGGCCAGGGCGGCGCUGUACCUGGCGUCCGACGAGGCCAGGUACGUGACCGGGCACAACCUGCUCCUCGACGGCGGGUUCACCGCGCACAAGGGCGUCAGCAUGCCGACCCUGGAGGCUGUGGAUCGAUCAGUAGUGAGACGACAGUGA